AUGUCAUCAAUACAAAUUGAAUCAUUAUUGAUUAAACACAUAUUUGAUGAUGAUGAUGCUUUGGAUGACGAUGAUGAUGAUGCUUUGGAUGACGAUGAUGAUGAUGCUUUGGAUGACGAUGAUGAUGAUGCUUUGGAUGACGAUGAUGAUGAUGCUUUGGAUGACGAUGAUGAUGAUGCUUUGGAUGACGAUGAUGAUGAUGCUUUUGAUGAUGAUGAUGCUUUGGAUGACGAUGAUGAUGAUGCUUUGGAUGACGAUGAUGAUGAUGCUUUGGAUGACGAUGAUGAUGAUGCUUUGGAUGACGAUGAUGAUGAUGCUUUGGAUGAUGAUGAUGAUGAUGAUGCUUUGGAUGACGAUGAUGAUGCUAUGGAUGACGAUGAUGAUGAUGCUUUUGAUGAUGAUGAUGCUUUGGAUGACGAUGAUGAUGAUGCUUUGGAUGACGAUGAUGAUGAUGCUUUGGAUGACGAUGAUGAUGAUGCUUUGGAUGACGAUGAUGAUGAUGCUUUUGAUGAUGAUGAUGCUUUGGAUGACGAUGAUGAUGAUGCUUUGGAUGACGAUGAUGAUGAUGCUUUGGAUGAUGAUGAUGAUGAUGAUGCUUUGGAUGACGAUGAUGAUGAUGCUUUGGAUGACGAUGAUGAUGAUGCUUUGGAUGACGAUGAUGAUGAUGCUUUGGAUGACGAUGAUGAUGAUGCUUUGGAUGACGAUGAUGAUGAUGCUUUGGAUGAUGAUGAUGAUGAUGAUGCUUUGGAUGACGAUGAUGAUGCUUUGGAUGACGAUGAUGAUGAUGCUUUGGAUGAUGAUGAUGAUGAUGCUUUGGAUGACGAUGAUGAUGAUGCUUUGGAUGACGAUGAUGAUGAUGCUUUGGAUGACGAUGAUGAUGAUGCUUUGGAUGAUGAUGAUGAUGAUGAUGCUUUGGAUGACGAUGAUGAUGCUUUGGAUGACGAUGAUGAUGAUGCUUUGGAUGACGAUGAUGAUGAUGCUUUUGAUGAUGAUGAUGCUUUGGAUGACGAUGAUGAUGAUGCUUUGGAUGACGAUGAUGAUGAUGCUUUGGAUGACGAUGAUGAUGAUGCUUUGGAUGACGAUGAUGAUGAUGCUUUGGAUGACGAUGAUGAUGAUGCUUUGGAUGACGAUGAUGAUGAUGCUUUUGAUGAUGAUGAUGCUUUGGAUGACGAUGAUGAUGAUGCUUUGGAUGACGAUGAUGAUGAUGCUUUGGAUGACGAUGAUGAUGAUGCUUUGGAUGACGAUGAUGAUGAUGCUUUGGAUGAUGAUGAUGAUGAUGAUGCUUUGGAUGACGAUGAUGAUGCUAUGGAUGACGAUGAUGAUGAUGCUUUUGAUGAUGAUGAUGCUUUGGAUGACGAUGAUGAUGAUGCUUUGGAUGACGAUGAUGAUGAUGCUUUGGAUGACGAUGAUGAUGAUGCUUUGGAUGACGAUGAUGAUGAUGCUUUUGAUGAUGAUGAUGCUUUGGAUGACGAUGAUGAUGAUGCUUUGGAUGACGAUGAUGAUGAUGCUUUGGAUGAUGAUGAUGAUGAUGAUGCUUUGGAUGACGAUGAUGAUGAUGCUUUGGAUGACGAUGAUGAUGAUGCUUUGGAUGACGAUGAUGAUGAUGCUUUGGAUGACGAUGAUGAUGAUGCUUUGGAUGAUGAUGAUGAUGAUGAUGCUUUGGAUGACGAUGAUGAUGCUAUGGAUGACGAUGAUGAUGAUGCUUUUGAUGAUGAUGAUGCUUUGGAUGACGAUGAUGAUGAUGCUUUGGAUGACGAUGAUGAUGAUGCUUUGGAUGACGAUGAUGAUGAUGCUUUGGAUGAUGAUGAUGAUGAUGAUGCUUUGGAUGACGAUGAUGAUGCUUUGGAUGACGAUGAUGAUGAUGCUUUGGAUGACGAUGAUGAUGAUGCUUUUGAUGAUGAUGAUGCUUUGGAUGACGAUGAUGAUGAUGCUUUGGAUGACGAUGAUGAUGAUGCUUUGGAUGACGAUGAUGAUGAUGCUUUGGAUGACGAUGAUGAUGAUGCUUUUGAUGAUGAUGAUGCUUUGGAUGACGAUGAUGAUGAUGCUUUGGAUGACGAUGAUGAUGAUGCUUUGGAUGACGAUGAUGAUGAUGCUUUGGAUGACGAUGAUGAUGAUGCUUUGGAUGAUGAUGAUGAUGAUGAUGCUUUGGAUGACGAUGAUGAUGCUAUGGAUGACGAUGAUGAUGAUGCUUUGGAUGAUGAUGAUGAUGAUGCUUUGGAUGACGAUGAUGAUGAUACUUUGGAUGAUGAUGAUGAUAUUACUGAUUUCCUUAAAAGUAUAAUAACACAAAAUACUUUAUCAAAAUAUACAACCAUUUUACAUACACCAAUAUCAGCUAUCAUUCCAACUAUUCUAUUUACUGGAUGUUUCGGUUUGAUAGCUGCAUUAAUUGGAUAUAUUGGAUUAUGGAAACCAAUGAAUUCAAUUGCUUUAAUGCAUAUAAUUAGUUUGUGUAUUGUUACACUCAUUGAAAUUGGUAUAGCAACAACAUCAGCUGUAAUGUAUGAUCAAGUUCGUUUCAUUACAAAUUCAAUAUAAUAUUUAUUCUUUCAUUUCUAUAGUUCUAUACAACUACACACAGUGCAUUAUUAGAUAGUGUGAAAUUCUAUUAUGAAAACCCACAAUAUGAAAUGGAAAUGGAUCAUUUACAAACUGAAUUUAAAUGUUGUGGAGCUGAAUCUUAUUUGGAUUAUAGAAAAUUGGGUAUGAAUAUACCAUUCUCUUGUAUCAUUGGUUAUUUAGUUUAUGCAAGAUGCUAAUCAAAUUCUAUCGAACAUAUUGCUGGUUUCUCACGUUUAAUAGACUUGCUGAUUAGUACCAAACAGAAUCAUAAAUUUCUAUCGACUACCUCCAACCCUCAAGUUCAACUAUUACUGUGAGUACAGGAAAUACUUACUAACUUAUGCCUAUUACCCUCAUGGAGGAGCAUAAGCCGCUCAGCAACUCUGUCCCGAACAAUCCUUUCCUGUUCUUUUCAGUUGCUAUUUAUUCUUUUGAUAUAUGCUACCAAUUCUAGACACAGUGUGUUUUUUUGUCUUCCUCAUUUCUAUUUACCUUCAAGGUUCAAAGCUAGCGCUUGCUUCAUGAUGCACUUUGGUGAUUUCUUCAAAGUAUGUCCUAUCCGCCUCCAUCGUCUUUUCUGAAUUUCUUCUUCAUCUCAAAGCUAGUUUUUUCUCUCGUACAGUAAGGCUAUUGCUGAUAGUAUCCAAUCGAUGGAUAUUAAGUAAUUGUAUAUAAAUACUUAUACCUCUUUCAUAAUGAUUGUAGAAAUUCUUCAUGUUUCAGAUUCAUACAAUAAAACUGUUUUGACAUUUGUAUUAACUUCAUUCAAUGAUACAGUAC